AUGUCCGCGCACACCAACGCUAUCGUAGACCUCGAGUCUGCCCCGGUCCCCUCCUCCGCUCUGCCCGCCUCUACAGACGACACCAAGGCUGCUGGCGGCCCCAUCACUCUCACCUACAGCGGUGACAAGAAAGAGUCCAUCCCCGAUGUCUCUGUGGGCGCUGCUGGCGCCUUGGACUAUGUGUCUGAUGAGGUCGAACCUACCGAUGAGGAAUUCGCCAUUCUCAAAAAGAUUCCAGGCAAGAUGCCUUGGGUUUGUAUCGCCAUGUGUUUGAUCGAGCUUGCUGAGCGAGCGUCCUACUAUGGUAUCACUGGUGUCGUCCAGAACUUUGUCAGGAACCCUCUCCCCAGGGGCGGUAACGGUGCUGGCGCUGUUGCUCCUGGCUCUGCGGGUGAAAACCAGUCGGCCGGUGCUCUCGGCCGUGGCUCUGUGCAAUCGUCAGCCAUCUACAAUGCUUUCGUCUUCCUGGCCUAUGUCUUCCCUAUCAUGGGCGGUAUCGUUGCCGACACUAGAUGGGGUCGAUUCAAGACUGUCGUCGUCGGUACCGCUAUCGGCGGUGUCGCCCACGUCCUCAUGGUCGUGGUCACCAUUCCUCAAGUCCUCGCCAAGGGAUCUACCGCUGCCCUCGGCGCCUUCUUGCCCUUCUUAUACAUCCUCUCUUUCGCUGCUGGUUUCAUCAAGCCUUGUCUGGCCACGUUGCUUUGUGAUCAGUCGCCUGUCAAGAGGCCUACCAUUACCACCACCAAGACUGGCGAGCGAGUCAUUCUCGAUCCCCAGACUACCGUGCAGCGAUACCUCCUCGUGUUUUACUGGUGUAUCAACGUCGGCGGUUUCUUUGCCAUCGCUUCCUCCUACUCGGCUCGUUUUGUCGGCUUCUGGCUCGCCUACCUCCUCCCCGGUAUCGUCUACAUGCUCAUGCCUAUCGUCCUUGUGGUUUGCUACAAGAGGCUCUACAAGGCCCCUCCUCAGGGCUCCGUUACCCUUGAGGCUAUCAAGGUUGUCACCAUGAUCAUCAAGAAGGGAGGCAUCAUCAAAAUGUUCAAGGGCGGCGAUGCGUUCUGGCAGACGGCCAAGCCCAGCUACAUCUUGGCUACCGAGGGUCAAGUCGACCACACCAAGGUCUUCUGGGACGACAAGUUUGUGGAUGAGAUCAGGCAGUCUAUCGCUGCUUGUGGUGUCUUUGCUCUUAUCCCCAUCUUCAACCUUGCCGAUGGUGGUAUCGGUUCUCAAGAGAACGACAUGUCUACUUCCAUGACUUUGAACAACGCCCCCAACGAUGUCAUCUCCAACUUCAACCCCCUCACCAUCAUCAUCUUCACCCCCAUCAUCACUUACGGCCUCUACCCCUUCUUCGAGAAGAUCGGCUACCCUCUCAAGCCCAUGACCCGCAUGACCAUCGGCUUCAUCUUGGGCGCUGCCAACAUGGUCUACGGUGCCAUCAUUCAGUGGAAGAUCUACGAGGUCUCUGACUGCGGCUACUACGCCUCCACCUGUGAGACCGUCACCUCGUGGUCCAUCUGGGCUCAGAUCCCCCUCUACUCUCUCCCUGCCAUCGGUGAAAUAUUUGUCAACGUCACCUCCUACGAGCUUGCCUACACUCGAGCUCCCGCCCGUAUGAAGGGUCUCGUCUACGCCCUCUGUCUUUUCAACCAGGCUAUCUCUUCUGCCAUCGGUCUUGCGUGUGCCAACGCUAUCCAGGACCCUUACCUCAUCUGGCCCUAUGUUGCUCUCGCCGUUGCUUGUAUGAUCUGCGCCGUCCUCUGCCCUACAUACUUUAGGCACUUGAACGACCCGAUCCGAGACUUUGCCGACCCCGAUAGACAGGCCGGUAAGCUCCAAGAAACUGAGGCUCUUAUCGAGGACAGGGCGGCGAGCCCUGUGCGAGAGAAGGCUUAA